AUUAAUGACAGGGUUACCUUACUCGAGUAAGUAAUUACCCUAUAACCUUUUCACUUGAUCUUCACACUCCUUCGAUAACGUCCCAGUUAGGGUAUGACAUCCUAAUGCUAUUAUGUCUACUCAAAUUAGGAGCAAGACUCGUGAGAUCCUAUAUAAACCUGGUGCACCUCAAUGGUGGACUUAAUCUCCCGCUAUCAAAUUCUUAGGACCUUUUGAAGACUUGGAUUUGGUGAAUGAGGUUGGAGGCUCAUGUACACAGGAUAAAAUUAUACAUAGCUCCAAUUUGUUGAAUUGGAUAGAGAAGAGGAAGGCAUAUCACCACCAAGGGAUUUACCCCAUCCAAGGCUAUGUGGCUCCACAAGCAUAAAGAUCCAACGCUUUAUCAAUUUUAUGGGACUUAUCAAUUUCGAAAGCAAGAUUGAAAGCUCAGGGAAGUGAAGUAGGAUAAGUAUAUGUAGUUACUAUGUUGUAAAGGACUAAUGAAAGUAUCAUAAACGGGCCUUCAAUUUAUACGUUCUAGAUCUCAAAGCCCUAGGCCCAAUGUACCCAGGGCCUCCAAUGCCCCAAGGCCAACUCUUUAAUCAUCCCGAAGGCCCAGUGCAUCUUUCUCCAUGCAACUUGCAUGUCGAAGUAUGAUUGGUUGAUAGUUGAUACUGUAAAGUCAUAGGAGAGAGAAAUGACUUCCGACGCGUAGCUAAUCAUGUCUUGCCAAGUAAUGACCACAAAUGAACUCGACCUCAUCUGAUCAUUACCCAAACAGUCGGUCUAAAGUUCCCGACAAACAAAUUCCCGGGAAGAAGAAUCCAAUUCUUUUUCCGAGAAACAAAAUUCCUGAAAGCAAAAUUCUCCAAGUGCCCGAUAAUUGGUUCGGACUUCGGUGAAGCCAUACCUAGAUCAAAUCUAGAGAGAGCAGGAGGAGAGAAGAGAGAGGAGAGAGUAGAGAGAAGGCUUCAAUGGCAGAAAAACCCCAACCGGUACGGGUUCUGUACUGCUCCGUUUGUAGUCUUCCAGCAGAGUAUUGCGAAUUCGGACCCGAUUUUGAGAAAUGCAAGCCAUGGUUGAUCAAGAACGCGCCCGAACUCUACCCAGAUCUUCUUAAAGAGGCUAGUGAAAAGGAAGCUGACAAGGUUUCUGAACAGCUACAGUCAGUUGGGAUCUCUUCCGGGGCUGGCAAUGAGACUGCUCCUUCUGGGAAAACGUCAACAUCUAAGCAAGAGGAAGUAAAACGUCUUCCUGGUGGAAAAAUAAAGAAGAAAGAGAAACAAGAGGUCAUUAUUGAGAAGGUUGUGCGCAAUAAGCGCAAGUGUAUCACAAUUGUGAAAGGACUGGACCUAUUUGGUGUUAAACUUGGUGAUGCUUCCAAAAAGCUUGGGAAGAAGUUUGCCACCGGAGCAUCUGUUGUUAAGGGCCCAACUGAUAAGGAGCAAAUUGAUGUUCAAGGGGACAUAUCCUACGACAUUGUAGAAUUUGUAACAGAUACCUGGCCUGAUGUGCCUGAAACUGCCAUUUACUUCAUUGAAGACGGGAGAAAGGUCUCGGCUGCUUGAAUUCAGAGUCGAAAGGGAACUGGUGCUGAUAUUCAUAUCUACAACAAUGCUCCAAAACUGAUAAAAGCUAUCACCAGAAAGAAGAAAACAUGCCAUCCAGCACCAGCGUCGGAAUCUUAUUACACAAAUAUGACAUCCCUUAUCAAUUAUGUAAUCCUUGAGUUGGUUUUCCAGCACCCUUUGUGAUAGUUUAUAUCUGCUGAAAGGUCAGCAGUACUACCAGGACUGACUCCCAUUAUUCCCAGGGUGAAACAUAUGUAUUUUUGCAGUUGAAAAAUCAUCUAUAUUUUUGAGUAAUGGAUGCAAUUUUGUUGAA